UCUGAUUCUGCUACUGAACAGGAGCAGUAGUUAUCAUAGUUAAUGUGUGACAGGCAGGUGGGAGUGAGAGCACCAGGCUAUUGGAUUAGAGGCGAAGCAUUAUACACACUUCUGGACUUGGGAGUUUUUAACACCACUGCAGUCAGCUUGCAAAUCUGUCUAACUGUAAACAGCUGACAGAUUCACAAGCACAUCACACGAGCACAAGGAUGCCACAAACAAUGAGCCUCAGUAGCUUCCCAGAGAUGAUCAUCAAGAAAAGGGACGGCGGUCAGCUGAGCGCAGAGGAGAUCCAUGACUUUAUCGAAGGAGUCACAUCUAAUUCCAUGCAACAAAGUCAAAUAGGUGCAAUGCUUAUGGCCAUAUGGCAGAAAGGCAUGAAUUCUGAUGAAACUUUGAAACUGACAGAGAAGAUGAUGAAGUCAGGUCAAGUUUUGCAUUGGUCCGGCGAAUGGCUUGUGGUGGAUAAACACUCGACUGGUGGGGUCGGGGACAAAAUCAGCCUUAUACUGGCCCCUGCUUUGGCUGCUUGUGGGUGCAAGGUCCCUAUGAUAAGUGGACGUGGACUGGGACACACUGGAGGCACAUUGGACAAACUAGAGUCCAUCCCAGGUUUCAAAAUCAACCUGACAGUAGACGUGGUGAAGCAGACACUGCAGGAUGUAGGCUGUUGUAUUAUAGGUCAGACAGAGACUCUGGUACCUGCUGAUCGUAUCAUCUACUCUAUCAGGGACAUCACUGGUACUGUGGACAGUGUCCCACUUAUCACAGCAUCAAUAAUGUCAAAGAAGGCAGCUGAAGGUUUAAGUGCACUUGUGUUAGACGUGAAGUUUGGUAAAGCUGCUCUCUAUAAAGACCUGGAGAGCGCUCGUUGCCUUGCCCAGUCACUGGUUACAGUAGGAAACAAACUGGGUAUAAAAACAGGAGCGGUGUUGAGCCGGAUGGACGCGCCUAUUGGCCGAUGUGUUGGACAUACUCUAGAGGUUUAUGAAAGUUUGGAAUGCCUUAAAGGUCAUGGCCCUGAUGACCUGAACAACCUGGUUACAACACUUGGUGGCUGCCUGCUGCACAUGAGUGGCCGAUCAGCUACUCCUGAGGAUGGGCAGAACGCAAUCAGUGAGGUCCUGAAGAAUAAGAAGGCCUUGGAAAAGUUCCAAGAAAUGCUUGUGGUCCAAGGCGUGAACGCGGAAAUAAGCCGUUCUCUCUGCUCAGAAAAUGCUGAAUACUUUCAGUACCUACAGCCUGCACGGUACCAGACAGAGAUUAAGGCACUGGAUGACGGUACCGUUUUGGGGAUAGAUGGCAAAGCCAUAGCCGACGUCUUGCACAAGUUAGGAGCAGGCCGCUCCAAAUCUGAGGACCAGAUCAACCACAGUGUAGGAGCAGAGCUUCUGGUAGAUCUGGGACAUCCAAUAAAGAAAGGUCAACGCUGGAUUAGAAUCCAUCAUGAUUGUGAAAAAUUAAGCUCAAAGCAGCAGCAGGACCUGCAAGAGGCUUUGGACAUUGGCAGUGCAGAUGAUUACAAGGACAGUCCUCGAGUGGCAGAGUUCAUCCUACCACACUGAUCUGUGAAAGGUUUUCACAAGUAUUCACCAUCAGAAGAGGUUGUCUACCAGAUCACCAAGAUCACCAGAUCACCAAGAUCACCAAGAUCACCAGAUCACCAAGAUCACCAGAUCACCAAGAUCACCAAGAUCACCAAGAUCACCAAGAUCACCAAGCCAAGGCUGACUUCAACUCACCACCACCAUGCUUCACUUUAGGGAUUAUUCUUAUUAGUUCCCAAUUGUAACACUACAAAUGUUUAAGGAGAUGGGUUUGAUUCUCACAAAGGCCACUAUAUAUUAUUGUAAGCAGGGUUAUGGGAGGGAUUUUAAGAAUGAAUAGUGAUUAGGAUUUAUUUAAGUAUAUAUAUGCAUUCUUCAGAUAUUAUUUUCUGUUAAAUUUAUUUUACACGAAUCGUCCUGGACAGUCUAAAAAAUAUUGUAUAUGAAAGUAUAUAAAAGACAAAUUUUACAAUUUUAUAUUUAUGGUCCCAUUUAGCUUUUGUACCUCUAAAAUUAAACUUAAGAAUUUUCAAAACUGUUUCUGACUGUAAAUAUUUAAAGCAAAGUGUUAACUCAGCUUUGGUCUCUAAAGAAAGAAAUGCCUUUCUAAUUUUGCUUUGCAUUUCAAACAAUAACAGCACUAAUAGGGUUGUGUUUAUUUUAGCAUAGAAUUAGCAAAUAUACAAAAUGUGGUUAACUAGCAUCCAUGCUAGUUAGGGAAAGUCUUUAAGGUGUCGAAUUACUGACAUAGAAUCACCAAGCUGCCACUGCUGAUGGGCUCUUAAGCAAGAACCUUAACCCUCAUAAAUGAGAUACAUUUCUGAAUAAGGGUGUCUACUAAAUGCUAACAUUAAAGGCUUUCUAAUCUUAUCUUCUAACGUUAAGGGCUUUCUUUACAUUCAGUCUGUUCAAAGUGACUUUUGCAUUCAUUCUCACCAUUAAAAAUAGAUUUUUUUUUGUGAGCUUCAGGAAAUUCCUGAAGCAAACUUCCAUUUGUACGUAUUGUUGUGAAAAAUCACAGUAAAAAUAAUUAAAGUAUUAUUCCUUACAAUACUAUAACCAAAGUAAAGUAUUAAGCCUCGCAAAAUAUUACAAUUGGUGUCAUAAGACAUAUGUAGGCGAGGUUGUAGGCCCCAGAUGUUGUAAUAGUUUUAAGGUAAUAUAUGACUAACAUAUAAAUGACCACACCUGAGUCAAAGUGUAAACUAAAGAAAAUAAGUUUGUUGUAAUCAUAAACUUAGUAAAAGUAACCAGACUCAGUGCUAUCAGUCCUAGUCAGUCUGAGCUCUCUGAUCAAUGUGUGAGGAAGUGAAAGUCAAAAGUUCAGCUGAAACAGGCCUCAUGUAGGGAGUAGGGCGAGACAGCUGAAUCAGGCGACAAGCUGGACGGACCUGCUCAUUCUAAGGGAAAAGGGGAAACUGACCUUUAGUAGAAAUAGAGAAACUAAGGCUUAAAAUAUGCAUGUGCAAAUCCAGUCUGGAAAGUGACAGACUGAGAUUAUAACAAUGUUCAGUUCAUAGGUUUAGUAAUCUUAAGGAGUCAACAUAGAACUCCACUUAUAUACAAAGCAACAUUAUAACAGCAAGGGCUUAGCAAAAACAGCAAUACAACAUAACCAAUAUAAUCAAGAACUUUUAUCAUAAUUCAAACUCAUAAAGAUAACAUAUAAUCAAUCAUUCAUUCAUUCAUCUUCUACCGCUUAUCCGAACUACCUCGGGUCACGGGGAUCUCAGGUGUCAUUGGGCAUCAAGGCAGGAUACACCCUGGACGGAGUGCCAACCCAUUGCAGGGCACACACACACACACACACACUCUCAUUCACUCACGCAAUCACACACUAGGGACAAUUUUUCAGAGAUGCCAAUCAACCUACCCUGCAUGUCUUUGGACCGGGGGAGGAAACCAGAGUACCCGGAGGAAACCCCGAAGCACGAGGAGAACAUGCAAACUCCACACACACAAGGUGGAGGCGGGAAUCAAACCCUGGUGUGAGGCGAACGUGCUAACCACUAAGCCACCGUGCCCCCCAACAUAUAAUCAAUCAAUUAUAUAAUCAGUAGAAAUCAUAUACAGUAUAGAAUAGCAAGAAAUGAAAUGAGGGAACUUACUCAUUGUAGCUGUAAAAGAGGAUUAAUACAAAAGACGUCUGUGUUACAUUGAGUGGCAAAUAACUCAAGAAUAAGGAGUGACAAGAAGAUCUCUAGAGCACAUUUUUAACAACGAAGCAUGUUUUUUAAUAACAAUGCAGAAGUCCGUCGGGAAAAACAACAGGAAAAUUAAAAGGGCUGACUUGUUUUUCUGGGAAAUAAAGGGAAGUCACUUAGUGAUUCUGCAAAGUAAGGGGAAUUUAGAAAGGAGGAAUUACCUGAAUGUAUAUAUUGAGGAGAUUUCCUGGGGAGAGAGCUUGCUUUCUUGCUUUUUUGUGUUCGAACUUUUUGGGUUGCAGGGGGAUGCUCGCUUGGGUUUUUUCAUUUGAUUGCUUUUGACUUAGAAAUUUUUCCUUGAGCUCAAUGGAAUUGUUGGCUGAUUGGCUGCAAUAAAGAAGUUUGCUCAUUCUCA